AUGGGCCACACCAACGCCCCGGCCCCUCCACCCCAGCCUCCGGCCACCUCGGGGCCCCACUCCCACGGCAGCAGUGCACACAUGUCUGUAACGAUGCCCAUGACCUUCUACUUCGGCUACAGAAACGUGGAGCUGCUGUUCUCCGGGCUGCUGGUCAACUCAGCUGCGGCCAUGGCCGUGGCUGUCAUGGCUGUGUUUCUGCUGGCCCUGGGCUACGAGGGACUCAAAAGAGCCCGCGAGGGACUCCGCGCCCAGUGCUCGCCAUUCCCGAGGCCAGAUGGAACCCGCCCCAAGGAGACGUCCCAGCCGCAGCUGCUGAGGGCGACUCACCUCCUGCAGACGACACUGCACGUGCUCCAGGUGGGCCUGAGCUACCUGCUGAUGCUGAUCGCCAUGACCUACAAUGCCUACCUCGGCCUGGCUUUGCUGGCGGGGGCCGGUGUGGGCUACUGGCUCUUUGGUGGGAAGAAGACGGAGGACGUGGAGUCCCAGAACCAUGACGUGAAAGCAGUGGAGCUCCAUGAUGUUGACAUUGGAAAUUGA